GAGGGAGACAUCCCCAGACAAUCGCAGCGACAAUUGCGGCUCUUCCCACUCACCAGCAGGGUGAGGAUGAAUGAAAACAAAGGCGGCCGUGAGAGGGCGCAGUGGGGGACCAAGGCUGACUAUCUCCUCAGCUGUGUCGGCUUUGCGGUUGGUCUUGGCAACGUCUGGAGAUUCCCAUAUCUGUGCCAGACGUACGGUGGAGGUGCGUUCCUCAUCCCAUAUUUCAUCUGCCUGGUGGUGGAGGGAAUACCAAUCAUCCACCUGGAGCUUGCCAUCGGCCAGAGGCUGAGGCAAGGCAGCGUGGGAGUGUGGAAUGCCAUUCACCCCCUGCUCGGAGGCCUAGGGGUAACGUCCAUGCUGAUCUCUUUCCUCGUGGGUGUCUACUACAACGCCAUCCUCGCGUGGAUUCUCUGGUACUUCUUCAACUCAUUUGAGGAGCCCCUGCCGUGGAAGAACUGCCCACUCAAUGAGCAAGGAGAUGACUACCUGCCAGAGUGCUUGCGGAGCCAUCCCGUGGAUCACUUCUGGUACCGUGAGACGUUAAACGUGACUGGCACGCUGGAAGAGAGCGGGGGCAUCCAGUGGUGGCUCGGGCUGUGCCUCAUGGCGGCGUGGGCCGCAGUCUACCUGUGCACGCUCCGUGGCAUCGAGAGCACGGGCAAGGCGGUGUACGUGACGGCCACGUUCCCCUACGUGAUUCUGCUGUGCUUCCUGGUGAGGGGACUCACGCUGGAGGGAGCGACUGACGGACUCGCGUACCUCUUUACUCCCAAGUUGGAGGUUCUGAAGAACCCACGCGUCUGGCUGGAUGCGAGCACACAGAUAUUCUACUCCCUGGGUCUCGGCUUUGGAGGAAUGAUGGCGUUCUCCAGCUACAACCCCAUAGAAAACGACUGCGAGAGGGAUGCUGUGACCAUCGCGUGCAUCAACAGCGCCACAUCGCUAUUCGCCUCCAUUCCCAUCUUCAGCAUCCUGGGCUUCAAGGCCACGACGGCUUUCACCGGAUGCCUGGACGGAAACAUCCUCAAGCUGACCAACGAGUUUGACCUGGCUGAGGGGAAUGUGACGCGAGACUCCUACCACGUUGCCCUCGCCUCCCUCAACUCCACGUGGCCUCAGCGUGUCCACUCGCUCGGCAUACUGACGUGCAACCUGCAGCAGAAUCUCAACCAGGCAGCGUCAGGAACUGGACUUGUGUUCAUCGUAUUUACUGAAGCAAUACUGAACAUGCCCGGAUCACAGGUGUGGUCCGUACUCUUCUUUGUCAUGCUCUUCAUGCUCGGGCUCUCCUCCAUGUUUGGCCACAUCGAGAGCAUCCUCACCCCACUGCUCGACCUGCACGUCUUCCCGGCCAGGUUCCCCAAUGAGGCGAUCUCAGGUCUGAUCUGCGGCGUUAGCCUCCUCAUCAGCCUGCUGUUCACGCUGGGUUCUGGCAGCUACUGGCUCAUUGUGUUUGACAGCUACGUGGGCUCCCUACCGCUCCUCUUCACUGUCAUGAUCGAGCUCCUUGCGGUCAUCUACGUCUAUGGCUACCACAGGUUCAGCAGUGACCUGGAGUUCAUGACAGGCCGCAGGCCUAACCUCUACUGGCGGGUGAUGUGGUGCGUGAUCAGCCCCCUGCUCCUGGUCAUCAUCUUCAUAGCCUAUGUGGCCAUGCAGUCCAGCACUCCCUUCACCUACGAGACCUGGAACCCGGACUACGACAAGUUUCCGGAGAAGCAGGUGAGGCCGUACCCGUCUUGGAUGGCGGCGGUGGUGGUGCUACUGGCCGGCGUGCCCUGCCUAAGCCUCCCACUGGUGGCCCUCUACCGGCUCGCUCAGGGCGGGUGGCCUCCACAGACUCCUCCUCUUCCUCCUCCUGGGGGCCUCAAGAUGGGGGACCCUGCCCACAUUGGUGGCCCCAGCACGCGGCUCUGAGUGAGCAGCCGGGACGUGCGAUGCCGCGUCAGUUUGACAAGGCGGGUGACCCGAGGUCAUUUUUCUGAGUCAACGUCGCGACGCAUUCGGUUUGGUUUUGGGGGUCCAUUCCUCCUCCCUGUGCCCAUUCCUGUCGUUGGUCCAUCUCCCUCGUUUUACCCCUCCACUGGAAUCAAUUUCUCCAUGAACAACAAGCAGCAUUGCCCAUAGAUUCAGAGCUGCACCAUAGACUCAGUGUUGCACCAUAGACUCAGCGCUGCACUAUAGAUAAUAAAGAUUUUUGGAUUAGAUCGCGUAUGUAUAAAUGUGUCGUAACCCUCCACCACCCGACACAGCCAAUUAGUAAUGGAUUUCAUACUCUUUGGUUCUUUCGGUAAAGUCACGUAGAUAGAAAAUGUAUAGAUCAUGACGUUUCUAUCGCAACACAAGCAAUCGUCAUCAGGUGAGACAAACAUCAGGAGAACUGCUGAGGUAGGAGAAAGCUGCUGCAACAAGAUGGUAUAUAGGCUUCAGGUGGGCUCAACCCAAAGGUAAGUAGGCAGAGCUAGAAAUGGAGAGAGACCCACACACAGAGACACAAAGAGAGAGACACACACAUAGAGACACAUACAGAGAGACACAGAUAGAGAGAGAGAGACACACACAGAGAGAGACACACACAGAAACACAACACACAGAGAGAGAGACACACACACAGGGAGACGCACAUAUAGAGAGACGCACAGAGAGAGACACACACGGAAACAAAACGCCAAUUUGUUGCUACUCCACAACAUUUACAAUUUGAGUACGGCAUAUUCUUUGAUUCUUUCGGUAAAGUCAAGUAGAUAGAAAAAUAAAAAUAAAGUAAAUAAAAAAACACUAAUGUAGACUGUAGCCUGGUUUUAAAUCGGAGUGAGUGUACUGGCAGUCUAUAAUGUAGACUGUAGCCUGGUUCUUAACUUCGGUGAGUGUACUGGCAGUUUAUAAUAUAGACUGUCGCCUGGUUUUUAUGCUGGUGAGUGUAAUAGCAGUCUAUAAUGUAGACUUUAGCCUGGUUCUAACCUUAAAUAAAUCGAAACAAAAACCACAACGUUUUGAUCGCAACACAAGCGGUCGUCAUCAGGAAAAGGGGGAGAAAAACAUUUUGUGUGAGCCAGCCGCAUUAAAACGAUGAUAGGCCACUGCAGAAGUAUUGGUCCUACUGUGUUUCAAAUCUGCCUUAUGCUCACGAACAUGGUCUGAGACAUGUCGCUUAGUUUCCCCAAUGUAACUGCUGCUGCAGAUACAGCUUAGUUUGUAAACGCUAGGAUAUUACAUGUCAGGAAUCUUGUCCUUCAGAGGGGAUCAGAUCCAGAAUUGUAUGUACUGUGUUAAAUCUGACCUGGAUCUUGUGUUUGUUCAUGAUUUUGGAAAUAUUUUUGGUUACCCCUGCUAUGUAUGGCAAGGUGAUCGUUUUGAUUGGAUCCAAUCAAGACGAUGGUACUUUUCAAGCCU